AUGUUAUUAGUUUGGUUAUUAGUAUCAUUAUUAUUACAUUCAAUUCAUGCUCUUGAAGAAAACCACAACAAUUACUACCCGCCAACCGAAUUAGCAGUAGACGAUGAGGAAAUAGUAACUAGAGCCAUCCAAGAAUUACACAACAUAGACGCCGCCUCUGAUUUAAAGACAUGUGACACCUGCAAAACAAGACUUCAAGUUGCAAAGUUCCUUUCCCUUACUCGCCCAGAUUUGGUUCCUCAAAUCUUCACAACUUGGUGUAUUGAAGCUGGUCAUGAUGAAAUUCAAUGUCAUAUGAAUUAUGGAUAUCCAAAUGCAAAUUAUUCAAGCACAGGAAAUGACUUCACAAAAAUGGCUAGUUUAAUGAGUCCUUCAGGCGCCGACGGUGAUUACUUUUGUUAUUAUCAUGAUAAGCAUUGUAAUAUCUUACCAGAAACCCCUAUUGUUGAUUUGUCCAAUUGGUGGCCUCCAAAACCAAGAAUUUAUCCUGCUCCUGAAGGGAAUGGAGACUUGUUCCAUGUGUUGCAUAUCAGUGAUAUCAAUCUUCAAUUGAAUUACAAAAUGUUUGCCGAAGCCAAUUGUUCCCAAAGUCUAUGUUGCACUUCUAGAUGUAGUAAUGACAAUUUCCCACCUGUUGUUAAUGACAAUUUAGAAGGUGGAUAUUAUGACAGUAGUUAUAGCAAGAAUCAUUUCGUCAAAGGUAAUUAUCAAGAUAUAACCAAGUUAAAAAAACCAGUUUGGUCACCAGCACGUCAGUUUGGGGAAUACACAUGUGAUGUACCAGCUUUGUUGUUGAAUAGUACUAUGCAAUGUAUUAGGGACUUACACCAAAAUCACCUUUCAUUUGAGUUUGCCAUUUUCACAGGCGGCACCGUUGAUCACUCAGACAGAAGUUUUGUAACCAAACACAAAGUCUUAAAGUCACAAGAUAUUAGCCACAGAAUAUUAAAACAUUAUCUUGACUCCGUUCCGGUUAUACCUACCUUCGGGGUUCGGGACAUCUUCCCGAUCAAUCAAUUGCCACAAAAGAACUUGACAGAAAAUGUCAACUCUUAUCAAUGGCAAUUUGACUUUUUGUCUGAUCUUUGGCUGGAAUUAGGUUGGAUUGAUUUUGAUGCUACAAAACAAGUUCGAUAUUCCCAAAUUGGCUUUGCCUUGACUACUCUUCGUGGGCUAAAGAUAAUCUCAUUGAAUUCAAAUGUAUGGAAUGUCAAGAACUUAUAUGCAUUUUGGGACAUGCUCUCCCUAGAUUCAUUUGGAAUAUGGAGGUUCUUGGUUGAUGAAUUGCUCCAAUCUGAAAAGCAAAACCAGCGAGUGUGGAUUUUGGCCCAUUUACCCACCAAUCACCAAUCACUCCCACUACCAACAAAAAUAUUCGCCCAAAUAAUUGAACGAUUUUCCCCCAAAGUAAUUGCCGCUAUCUUCUUUGGCAAUAUUCAAGUAGAUACCUUCAUGAUCCAUUAUGCCGGCGAUGGUACUGAUACUAGACAAAUCACUAACGCUAUUAAUCAUGCCUUGAUUGGUCCAUCCAUCAGCCCAUAUGCAGGAAUGAACCCUAGUUGGAGAUAUUAUGCCGUUGAUGGCUUAAGUUUUAGUGUUGUCAAUUCAUUCACCUAUUAUACAAAUUUAGAGACCACAUUCCAUAAUGAUGGAGCUGAACCAGUGUGGGAGUUUGGAUAUAGUGCACGAGAUAUUUAUGAUCCUGAUCAAAUUUGGCCUCCUGAGUCCCCAUUGAAUACAGAAUGGUGGCAUCAUGUCAGUGAAAAAAUCUAUGAAAGUGCUCUUAUGCAAGCUACUUAUGAGAAAUUCGAGAGGAGAGGUAGAGAAAGCGAUGUAGUGGAUGUUGAUACUUAUUGUAAAUUAACUAGUUUUACAUUUGAUGCCAAAAUACAGUGCAUGGUUGGUGAUGAUCAAGAUGACUUUAUUGAGCCUCAAGAGGCAAAUGAUUAUAUUCCCUCACUUAAACCGUAUGAAAAAGUCACUUAUGUUGAAAAGGAAAGGGAAGAUCCAGAAGAGGAAUAUAAUAACAAAGUGGAGCAAGUGAAACAACAACCAAAGUACGAAAACGUGGGUAGUGUAGUUGAUGCGAUGGAGGGACAAGAGUUUAAUAAUACAGAAAUAGAGCCAUUAGAAGAAGAAAUCAAGUUUGCUAGUCAAUUCAGGAAUAAUAAAGGUAAAUCUAUUUCACUUAAGGAUAGGAUAAGAAACCAUAAUGCUAGAAUUACCCAAUUGAAUAGAUUAUAA